AGCUUCCAUACGGCUCAAAUCUAUUCGGUCUUUCUUUCUUGUUUCUGAAGAAAGACCGCCGUUGUGUUCUUCCCCCGAUCAACACCUCCGAAACGCACACACAAACGGACAGUUACAAAGACGGCAAUAGGAACCACAGUAGAACAAAAGAAAACGACGGCAGUUUAUGAGCUGGGGCGGCUUCGGCAACUACAGCGGCUAUGCCUCGGCGUACGCCAAUCGCGGUGGCUCAUUUCCUUCUUCCUCCUCCUCGCCCAACUACAGCCGUGGAGGCUAUCGCGGAGGUGCCGGGGUGGGUAGCCACGGCUAUGGCGGUGGCGGCUACGGUGGCUACGGUGCGGGCGGUUCCUCCUAUGGCAGUGGUGUGAACAGCAGCGUGUCGGCGUCGUUGGGGUACGGAGCGGCCGGGUACGGCAGCAGCAGCAGCACGGCCGCGAGCCUCGGCACCGGCACCGCCCGCAUCGCAGUCAUUGGUGCCACGCAGGCGGCCUUUACGAACUGGUGGGCGAUGCACGCUGCCGGCUUCCAGGUCAGCGUGGUGGUGGGCGUGGAUGAUGUGAAGGGUAGCGGCAGCGAGCGACAGGCAACGGGGGCGCAGGUGAGAGGGGAGGAGGAGGAGGCGCGGAGGGCGUCUGCAGAGACGGCGCGUGCGUUUGCGGUGCGCUGCACGGAGUUCUAUCACCUCCCUCGCAAGGCCACGGCUGCUUCUCCACCCACUCCCACCGCUCCCCCCGCACGAACAACCACCACGUCGGGUACGACGACUUCACCGGCAAAGCAAGGAGCCACGGAUGCCCCUCCGCCUCCUGCAGCGGAACCCGCAAAGAAAGAGGUGGUGGAGGUGCGCGUAAAGAUAUCAGACGAGUCCGCAGACGAGCCAGCACCCACAGGCGCCGCGACGACAACGGCGACCACCACCACCAGCACCGCUGCUGCCGCGACGGCACGAACGGCUUCAGCGCACCUCACACCGCAGCCGGGGACCGCAGACGGCAAAGGAGACGUCAACAGCGGCCCGUGCAUCACCGCAACGGCAUGGAGUUACUUUCUGAAACCCUUCUUUGAUGCCACAAAAACAAACACAGAAGACAAGGACGGCGGCGUCGACGCAGCCCCGUCGCCAACGGCGGCAGGCGGCAGCAGCCGCUGGUCUACCUGGUCUCGCUCACAAGACAACACAAGUAACAGUAACGCUGCCGCUGCUGCGGCGGCGGCGACUACACCGCUGAUCGACGAGGUCGAGGUCAUCUACGUGACAUCAAUUCCGCGCAGCAGCAACGACGCGGAGGCACACAACGGCAACGGCGACAACCGUGACGAAUCCGGGGUGCGUGCCGCUCUUGUCUGGCUCAUCGGAAAAGGCAAACACCUCGUCGUGGAUUGCGCUCUGUCUAGUGACACGCUGGCCGCCUGCGCCGCCGCUGCCGCCACCGUCACCCGCGGCAAGCCGGCGAUGCAAUGCGUUCUCUUGUACCGCGGUGGCGGAGUGCGGGUUGGGUGGUCGCCUGCCGCGAUGACGCAGCUGCGAACGGCGCUGGCGGUGCGUCGGGGGACGGGACAGGCGUCGAAGACCAGCAACGUGAAACUUGAAAAGCCCGCGCUGGAGAGCACAGCAGGCGCUGCCCCCGCAAAGACGAUGACACCGGCUGUAUCGGCGGCAGCAUCUGCGAAGGCGAAGCCAACCGAGGCUGACGAUCCGUUUUCUGUAUUCGAACUCAUGGAUAGCGUUGGCGCCGGCGCCUUCGGUGGUGCCCUGAAAGAGGCGGAGAGCCACGGCCACAACGGCAGUCGCAGGACCAGCAUCAACGCAACUGCGGUGAACACCGAGGCUACGCGGAAAGAGGAGAGUGCCAGUGCCGCGGCCGGCACGAAGCAGGCGGAGGAGAAACCGAAGUGCAGGUCUGCCUCGCAGAUUGCGACGUCGAUUGCGUUGGGCGCGGAGGGCGGGGUGGCCGGUGCGCUGCAGCAACUCCGCUUUACCGUAUGCGGCUCCGGGAUUAGCUGCGGUGGCGGCUGCGAGGUGCCGUGCGCGGCCUCGCUGGGUGUGAUGGACACGUUCGGAUGGGACGCGGUGGCGUGGGUGCUGCACCUGCUUGACUGGACACCGCCGGACAUGGUGCAAGGGCGAGUGGUGCGUCGUGCUACUGCGAACAGUGCGCCUCUGUGCGUGGAGGCGGAGUUCUACUACGGUAUAGAUGGCACCGCUGAGGCGGACGAGGAAACUGAUGCCGAAGGCGACAAGGAACGUGAUGGUGACGAAGGUGGUCCACGAGUGGCCCGCCCGCGCUACCUGCGUGUGUUACUGCACAUCGGCGCCGGCGACGCAGUGCGCGCGGACACCGGCGCUGCGGAACCGGGCCCCGGCGUAUUCCAGCAGUGUGUGCGUGCGGUGGGCACGACGGCGGUGGUGACGGUGGACCACCCGCUGCUGCCGCCGCCCUCGCUGGCCAGCACCACGCUGGGCAGUGCGACUGAGAAUCGAUCUUCCUCGCCACCACCGUCCUCCGCAGGCCUUGCCGCCUCGCCGUACAAAGCCACGUUCACCACAAGGGUGACGGGUGUGGGGGCUGCUGCUGCUACGGCCGCAGCGACAACCCCCCUCCUGCCUGCAGUUCCGGGGAUCGCCUACAGCUACGUGACGGCCACGCAAGACGUCCCGCCCGGCUCCCACCAGCGCGUGCGCAAAGAGCAGACGGUUGUGCUACCCAGCACAGAAGGGGAGCCGUGUGCCGAGGCGCGGCUAUGGCAGCACGUCCGUGCACAGCUGAACGUGACGAGCUCCACCGUUACCUCGUAUGCCUCAUCCCUCGCGGGUACCGGUGGAAUGGGUACCGGGGGAGGCUACCAGACCUACGGCUCCCGCUACGCCACACGUGGUCGCUACGGCGCGAAUAUCGGUUUGGGUGGUGCGGGUGGCUACUACGGCCGUGGCCGGGGCGGGUCGGCAGGCUACGGCGGUGGCCGAUUUGGUGCCGCUGCUGCUUCGACGAGUCCGACGGUGGCGGUGAAGACGGAGUUGACGGCGCCGGAGGCGGCCGCGUUGGAUGUGCAACGGGCGUGGCUGGUGCAGGUGGUGGUGGAGCGCGUCCUGGCCUCCGCCGAGUCCAACGGAGCACACGUAUAG